CGGGCGCGUCCCCGCCGCCUCCGGAGCCGGGGCCAUGUGGCGCAGCAGGGCCGAGGUGGAGCGCUACAUUGCCUCGGUGCAGGGGUCCGCCCCCUCGCCCCGAGAGAAGUCAAUGAAAGGCUUCCUUUUCGCUAAGCUGUAUUAUGAAGCCAAAGAAUACGAUCUGGCUAAAAGGUACAUAUCGAAUUACCUUAAUGUCCAAGAGCGAGAUCCCAAAGCCCAUAAGUUCCUGGGCCAGCUGUACGAAGCAGAGGAAAACCUGGACAAAGCCGUCGGCUGCUACAAGCGUUCGGUCGAAUUAAACCCUACGCAAAAAGAUCUUGUCCUGAAGAUUGCAGAAUUGCUGUGUAAAAACGACCCUACCGACGGAAGAGCGAAGUACUGGGUUGAGAGAGCUGCCAAACUUUUCCCUGGAAAUACCUCAGUCUACAGAAUGAAGGAGCAGCUUUUAGAUUGUAAAGGCGAAGAUGGAUGGAAUCAACUUUUCGACCUAAUCCAGUCGGAGCUCUACGUGAGACCUGAUGAUGUGUACGUGAACAUCCGACUGAUCGAGUUAUAUCGGGCAAACAAAAGACUACAAGAUGCGGUGGCUCAUUGUCAAGCAGCAGAGAAAAACGCGGCGUUGCGAAGAAGCUUGGAAUGGAAUUCCUGUGUAGUUCACACACUUAAGGAAUAUCUGGAAUCACUACAGUGUUUGGAGUCCAAUAAAAGCAACUGGCGAGCAACUAAUAAAGAUUUACUUCUGGCUUAUGCCAACCUGACACUUCUUACCCUUUCCACCAGGGAUGUGCAGGAAAGUAGACGGUUACUGGAAAGUUUUGACGCCGCCCUUCAGUCCGUGAAAUCCUUCGCGAGUGGGGCCGACGAGCUCUCGGUUACUUUCUUGGAAAUGCGAGGUCACUUCUACAUGCACGCCGGGACUCUGCUCUUGAAAAUGGCCCAGCACAGUGAGGUGCAGUGGAGAGCUCUGGCCGAAUUGGCAGCUCUGUGCUAUCUGGUAGCGUUUCAGGUUCCGAGACCAAAGACCAAACUCAUAAAGGGCAAUGAGGCGGGGCAGGAUUUGCUGGAAACGAUGGCCUGCGAUCGGCUCAGCCAGUCAGGACAUAUGCUGUUAAACUUAAGUCGCGGCAAGCAGGAUUUCAUCAAGGAAGUCGUGGAAUCAUUUGCCAAUAAGAGCGGGCAGUCCGCUCUGUUUGAUGUCUUGUUUAACAGUCAGUCAUCGAAGGACAGAUCUUUCCUGGGCAGCGAUGACAUCGGCAACGUCGGGGUGCAGACCCCGGAACCUACCGAGUUGGCUAGAUACGACAUCGGCGCCAUUCGAAUGCACAACGGGAGUCUCCAGCACCUCACUUGGCUUGGCUUACAGUGGAACUCGAUGUCCACCUCACCCGCGAUCCGCAAGUGGCUGAAGCAGCUCUUUCAUCACUUACCCCAGGAGACCUCGAGACCGGAAACCAACGUCCCUGAGUCGAUCUGUAUAUUAGAUCUAGAAGUGUUUCUGCUCGGAGUGGUAUUUACCAGCCACUUACAAUUGCAGGAGAAAUCCGGUUGUCAGUUCAGCUUACACCAGCCUCCCUCCUUGCCCCUGCCGGUGUGUAAACAGCUUUGUACAGAACGGCAGAAGUCGUGGUGGGAUGCCGUCGUCAGUCUCAUCCAGAGGAAAGCGGCACCCGGUACUUCUGCCAAACUACGCCUCCUGGUUCAGCACGAAAUCAGUACCCUGAGAGGCUUGGGGAAGCACGGUCUCCAGCCGUCUUUGAUAAUACACUGGGCGAAAAAUCUUCAGAAAACAGGAAGCGGUCUCAAUUCUUUCUACGAUCAGCGGGAGUACAUAGGACGGAGUGUUCACUAUUGGAAGAAAGUAUUGCCCCUGUUGAAGACAAUCAAAAAGAAGAACAGCAUUCCCGAACCCAUCGAUCCUCUGUUUAAGCAUUUUCACAGUGCGGAUAUUCAGGCCUGCGAAGCUGGAGACUACGAAGAGGAGGCGUACAUCGCGUUUGCUAUGUUGGAUGCGGUAGAUGGGAAAACGGAGGACGCGAUGGUCGCCUUUGAAGCUAUUAAAAAUGUCGCUGCUUAUUGGAAUCUGGCCCUGAUUUUCCACAGGAAAGCCGAAGACCUGGAGAAUGACGCGCUCUCUCCGGAAGAACAAGAAGAGUGCAAAAACUACCUAAGGAAGUGUAGAGACUACCUAAUAAAAAUUUCCGACGAAACCUGCUCAGAUCCUUCAGUUGUCAAGAAGUUACCUGUGACACUAGAAUCUGUGAAAGAGAUGCUGAAUUCUGUGAUGCACGAACUUGAAUAUGGUGGAGACCCCUUUUACAAGAAUAAUUCGUCACAGAACGCCGAUUCCGAAAUACAACACUCUACUCCUUCUCCCACUAAGUACUCCCUAUCACCGAGUAAAAGCUACAAGUUUUCUCCUAAGACGCCACCUCGCUGGGCGGAAGAUCAGAACUCUUUGCUGAAAAUGAUCUGCCAGCAAGUAGAAGCUAUUAAAAAAGAAAUGCACGAAUUGAAAUUAAACAGCAGCAACUCUACUGGGUCUCCUCACCGCUGGCCUGCAGAUGGUUAUGGAACAGAGUCCGUGCCGGAUGGUUAUCAGGGAACCCAAAAUUUUCAGGGUGCCCCGCUAACAGUGGCAACCACCGGGCCUUCAGGGUAUUACAAUCAGUCUCCGGCCUAUAAUUCCCAAUAUCUCCUGAGAACAGCAGCUAAUGUAACACCCACAAAGGCCCCAGUGUACGGAAUGAAUAGGCUUACUCCCCAACAGCAUAUUUAUGCCUACCCGCAGCAGAUGCACACUCCGCCUCUGCAGAACACCUCUACGUGUAUGUUCUCUCAAGAAAUGUACGGUCCCCCCUUGCGGUUCGAUUCCCCCGCCGCCGGACUCAUGUCUCCCCGGGGGGAUGAAUACUUCAAUUACAACGUCCCUCAGGCCAACGUAAAUCCACCCUUGCCGGAGCCGGGUUAUUUCACCAAGCCCUCGGCGCCGCCCCCCCAGCCCUCAAAAUCCGCCGACCCCAAGGUCAUCGAAUUCGGGAAGCCUAACUUCGGAAAAGCGGCGCCGGCCGAGGGAGCGAGGCAGCCCUCGAGCACGCCGGCCCCAGCGGCCCAGCCCACCCCCUUUAAAUUCAACUCGAACUUCAAAUCCAACGACGGCGACUUCACGUUUUCCUCUCCUCAGGCGGCGGCCCCGCCGCUCACGUCGACCUUUAACAACAGCGAAAGCCUUCUGGGGCUCUUGACGUCGGAUAAGCCUCUACAAGACGAUCGCUUCGCUGGGCCCAAACCCGCCCCCUGUCAGACCGCCGGGCAGAGGAACGCGUUCGGUUUCGGGAGCAAAACCAUCCCCGGCAUCUCGGGGCAACCGAAAACCCCCGUUUUCGGGAGGAGCGACGAGGGGUUUUCCUUCCAGGACGCCGGGAGGGCAAAAUUCGGCUCCCCUUCCGCGGACCCGGCCAACAAGAGCCACGAGACGGACGUGGGAAGCGCCCACGGAGACGACGACGACGACGGGCCUCACUUUGAACCCGUGGUGCCGCUCCCCGAUAAGAUAGAAGUCAAAACGGGCGAAGAAGAUGAAGAGGAGUUCUUCUGCAAUCGAGCCAAGCUCUUCCGCUUCGAUGCGGAAUCCAAAGAGUGGAAGGAGAGAGGCGUCGGAAAUGUGAAAAUCUUAAGGCACAAGGUGUCCGGUAAAUUCCGCCUGCUCAUGAGAAGAGAGCAGGUCCUGAAGAUCUGCGCCAAUCACUAUAUCAACACGGAUAUGAAGCUGACCCCCAAUACUGGGUCGGACAAAUCGUUCGUAUGGCACGCCCUCGAUUACGCGGAUGAGUCGCCGAAACCCGAACAGCUCGCUAUUCGGUUCAAGACGCCCGAGGAAGCGAUGCUCUUCAAGCUCAAGUUCGAAGAGGCCCAGAACAUUCUGAGAGGCCCGGGCCCGGCGGUCUGCCCAAGCCCAAGUGUCGGGGGGUCGAAAGAAUCCACGGUCCAGGGGAACAAGGAUCCCGGCAAACCCGCCUCCGGGAAUCUGAACUUCGGAUUCCAGAUCCCGAAGAAAGAAGGAACGUGGGAUUGUGACCGCUGCUCGGUGAGGAACGCUGCGACGGCCGAGAGGUGUGUUUCCUGUCAAAAUGUAAAUCCGAGCGAUACGGAACAGCCGGUUCCCCCGUUAGGCGAAACCCCGACGGCUUUUAAGCAGAACAGAGAUAACCCUCAGGAUAGGUUUGGAUCGGUAUUUCCCAAGAAAGAAGGUCACUGGGAUUGCAGCGUCUGUUUGGUGAGAAAUGAACCUCUGGCCUCCAAGUGCAUUGCUUGCCAGAAUACAAGCUCUGGGAGCGCCAAUAUCCCUCCCUUUAGUCAACAGCCUACCUUCAAAUUUGGCCAGGGCAAUUUGUCUAAGCCCGUGGCCACCGAUUUCAGGACCCUGUUUUUGAAGAAGGAAGGGCAGUGGGAUUGUAGCGUGUGCCUGGUCCGGAAUGAAGCCGACUCCUCGAAAUGUGCCGCGUGCCAGAAUCCAAAUUCCCAGAGCCGGCCCACCUUCGCUUCUCGACUUCCCCCGGCUCCAAAGUUCGGUCCUCCGGAGGCCGGCAAGGCCGCCCAGGUUGGUUUUGACAAAAUGUUUGCCAAAAAGGAAGGAGAGUGGGAUUGCAGCGUGUGUCUGGUCCGGAAUGAAGCCGGCGCCUCCAAGUGUGUCGCGUGCCAGAGUCCGAAUUCGGAGAACCGACCCCUCUGUCCCGCUCCGGCUCCUCCCGCUCCGAAGUUGGGUCUUCCGGAGGCCGGCAAGGCCGCCCAGGGUGGUUUUGACAUAAUGUUUGCCAAAAAGGAAGGACAGUGGGAUUGCAACGUGUGUCUGGUCCGGAAUGAAGCCGGCGCCUCCAAGUGCGUGGCGUGUCAGAGUCCGAAUUCACAGAGCCAACCCACCUACGCCGCUCCGGCUCCUCCCGCUCCGAAGUUCGGUUCUUCGGAGGCCGGCAAGCCUCCCCAGGGUGGUUUCGACGGACUCUUUACUAAAAAGGAAGGGCAGUGGGAUUGCAGCGUGUGCUUGGUACGAAACGAGAACGCCGCUUCGAAAUGCGUGGCCUGCGAGACGCCCAAUCCAGCGGGGAAACCCGAAGCGGUUUCGGCUUUCACGUUUGGCAUCAAGAGUAAGUCAUCGGAACCUUCCGGGAGCCAGGCGGGACCGGGAUUUAAAUUCGGCCAAGGAGUGCAGGGAUUUAAAUUUGGCCUCGCGGAGCAGGGUGUGAAAUUCGGCCAGGCCGAACAAGGAAGCUCCCCGGCUUCUUUCCCGUUUCAGCUUCCCUCCGGCACGGAAACGGCGGCCGCCUCCACGGAAGGAUUUAGCUUUGCGAAGCCGGUGCCUGCCGGCGGGUUCAAAUUUGGCAUCCGGGAGCCGAAGGAGCAAGAAAAAAAGAACGAGCCCCCCCCGGCAGGUGAAACGGGCCCCCAGUCUCGAGACCCCAGUAAGAAGCAAGGCGGUGGCGACCUGGUUUUUGGCCAGAGCAGCAGCACCUUCACCUUCGCCGACCUCGCCAAGACCUCUUCGGGCGACGGAUUUCAGUUCGGCCAAAAGGAUCCCGAUUUCAAGGGCUUCUCGGGGGCGGGCGAGAAACUGUUCUCGUCCCAGGGCGGUCGGGGGGCGGCUCAGGUGGCCAACACCUCGGCCGAUUCCGAGAAGGACGACGACGCCUAUAAGACGGAGGAGAGCGACGACAUCCACUUCGAACCCGUGGUGCAGAUGCCCGAAAAAGUGGAGCUCGUUACGGGAGAAGAGGAUGAGAAAGUGCUGUAUUCCCAGCGGGUGAAGUUGUUUCGGUUCGACGCAGAGAUAAGCCAGUGGAAAGAACGGGGCCUAGGGAACCUGAAGAUCUUGAAGAACGAAGUCAACGGCAAACUCCGGAUGCUGAUGCGGCGGGAGCAGGUCCUGAAGGUGUGUGCCAACCACUGGAUAACCACCACGAUGAACCUCAAGCCCCUGUCCGGUUCUGACAGGGCGUGGAUGUGGUUAGCCAGCGACUUCUCCGAUGGCGACGCCAAGCUGGAGCAGCUGGCCGCCAGGUUCAAGACCCCCGAGCUGGCCGAAGAAUUCAAGCAGAAGUUUGAAGAGUGCCAGCGACUCCUGCUAGAUAUCCCGCUUCAGACCCCUCACAAGCUGGUAGAUACCGGCCGAGCGGCCAAGCUGAUCCAGAGGGCCGAAGAGAUGAAGAGCGGGCUGAAGAACCUCAAGACGUUCUUGACCAACGACAAGGCGAAACUCACCGAGGAGGAGACGAGAAACUCGGGCCCGGGCGCCGGGCCUUCCGAGUCGGUGAUAAAGGCCCUGCCGGAGAACAGUGGGCCCGCUCCGGAGUGGGGGAGCUACGAUCUGCGGGACGACGCCUUGGACGACAGCGUGAGCAGCAGUUCGGUCUACGCCUCCCCGUUAGCCAGCAGCCCCGUGCGGAAAAACCUCUUCCGCUUCGGGGAGUCCACGGCGGGGUUCAAUUUCAGCUUCAAAUCCGCCCUGAGCCCCUCGAAGUCCCCUGCCAGGCUGAAUCAGAGCGGGGCCUCCGUCGGCACCGACGAAGAGUCCGACGUCACUCAGGAAGAGGAGAGAGACGGGCAGUACUUCGAACCCGUCGUGCCGUUGCCCGAUCUGAUAGAGGUGUCCAGCGGCGAGGAAAACGAGCAGGUGGUCUUCAGUCACAGGGCCAAACUGUACAGGUACGACAAAGACGCCGGUCAGUGGAAAGAGAGGGGAAUCGGCGACAUAAAGAUCUUACAGAACUACGACAACAAGCGCGCGCGCAUAGUCAUGAGGCGGGAUCAGGUUCUGAAGCUCUGUGCCAAUCACCGCAUAACCCCGGACAUGAACUUGCAGAAGAUGAAAGGGGCCGAGAGAGCCUGGGUGUGGACCGCCUGCGAUUUCGCAGAAGGAGAAAGGAAAGUGGAAUAUCUAGCGGUCCGUUUCAAGCUGCAGGACGUCGCCGAUUCGUUCGGGCAGAUUUUCGACGAAGCCAAGCGGGCCCAGGAAACGCAGACUCUCAUAAGUCCCCGCUUCGCCCGGGCCCCUACCCCCCGAGAAUCCCCCUGCGGCAAAGUCGCGGUAGCCGUGCUGGAAGAGACGACGAGAGAGAGGACCGACCUCAGCCGGAGCGAGGAGGAGGCCGAGGCGGCCCCGGAAGCCCCGGAGGUACCCGGCGCUUCCGAGACGCCGACGAAAGCCGUCGUCUCGCCCCCGAAGUUCGUGUUCGGCUCCGAGUCGGUCAAGAGCAUUUUCAGCAACGAGAAAUCCAAACCCUUUACCUUCGGAAAUAACUCGGCUACGGGGUCUCUGUUCGGAUUCAGCUUCAACGCGCCGUCCAAAAGCAGAAGCGACGAAGAUAUUUCCGAAGCCCAGAGCGGGAGGAAAAGAGAAGUGGAAUCCCCGGGCACGUCCGUCGUCGGAGAGGCUUCGGACGGCGGUCCCCGGAGCCUCUUGGCCAAGCCGACCUCCUCGACUCCUUUCACGUUCGAAACACUAGAAAAGGACGAGGCGAAGAAGAAACCCGAAGAAGAGCCUCCUUCCGACGACGUUCUCGUUGUGUACGAGCUGAAGCCCACCCCUGAGCAAAAAGCCCUCGCCGAUGAUCUGCAGCUCCCGUCAACUUUCUUCUGCUACAAGAACAAGCCGGGCUACUUCAGCGAGGAAGACGACGACGACGAAGACUUUGACACGGCGGUCAGGAAACUUAAUGGAAAGCUCUAUCCGGACAGUCCAAGGAAGAGUAAGGUGUCCCAAGAGUCUGUGGCAGGCCUUGCCAAAGCGAGUCCAGAGAGCGAAAAGGAAUGCGUCAUCGUCUGGGAAAAGAAACCAACACCCGAAGAGAAGGCGAGAGCGGAAACACUGCAACUCCCGCCUACCUUCUUCUGUGGCGUUGGCAGCGACACCGACGACGACGACGACCCUCUAGAAGACUUUCAGACGGAAUUUCGGAAAGCUCAGGAAGCCGAAAAACCUCAAGAUGAGGCGGUCUCCAGUUCGACCGACGCGGCGUCGAACGGUGAGAAGAAAAUCCCUGCUGCGUUUACCUGUAAGUCCGAAGAACCCGAUUCUACCACUGAGUCUGUCGAGGUCGCCCGGCUAUCCUCUGGGGCUGACGACAGACCUGUGGAUUUGUCAACUAAAAAAGAGACCGAAGCCGAUUCCGUAAGCCCAGUGCCGGAGAACCGGACCAUCUCCUUUGGAUUUGGCACCAGCACUGGGCUUUCCUUUGCAGAUUUGGCUUCCAAAAAUUCUGGGGAUUUUGCUUUUGGUUCGAAAGAUAAAAACUUCCAAUGGGCAAAUACUGGAGCAGCUGUAUUUGGAAUGCAGGCAGUCAGCAAAGGUGAAGAUGACGAUGGAAGUGACGAAGAAGUUGUGCAUAGUGACGACAUCCACUUUGAACCGAUAGUGUCCUUACCGGAGGUGGAAGUAAAAUCCGGAGAAGAAGACGAAGAGAUCCUAUUCAAAGAGAGGGCCAAACUCUACCGAUGGGACCGAGACGUCAGUCAGUGGAAGGAGCGGGGAGUCGGAGAGCUAAAAAUCCUCUUCCACACCAUGAAGAAGUACUACCGGAUCCUGAUGAGAAGAGACCAAGUCCUGAAAGUGUGUGCAAAUCACGUCAUUACCAAAACAAUGGAAUUAAAGCCUUUAAACACGUCAAACAACGCCCUGGUCUGGACGGCCUCGGACUAUGCAGACGGGGAAGCAAAAGUAGAACAACUUGCGGUGCGAUUUAAAACCCAAGAAAUGGCGGAUUCCUUUAAGAGGCGAUUUGAAGAAUGUCAGCACAACUUGUCCGAGCUCCAGAAAGGACAGGCGUCCUUGGCCGAAGAGCUGUCGAGGGAGACCAACCCCGUGGUGUUUUUCGAAGUCAGUGCCGACGAUGAACCGCUCGGACGUAUCACCAUGGAAUUGUUUGCAAAUAUCGUUCCUCAGACAGCAGAGAACUUCAGAGCGCUGUGCACCGGAGAGAAGGGCUUUGGUUUCAGAAAUUCCAUCUUUCACAGAGUAGUUCCAGAUUUUGUGUGCCAGGGAGGAGAUAUCACUAAGCGGGACGGAACCGGAGGACGCUCCAUUUACGGAAGCACGUUCGAAGACGAGAACUUUGACGUGAGGCAUACCAGUCCCGGCUUGUUGUCCAUGGCAAAUCGCGGCCGGGACACCAACAACUCUCAGUUCUUCAUCACGCUGAAGAAAGCCGAACAUCUGGACUUUAAACACGUGGUAUUUGGGUUUGUUAAGGAAGGUAUGGAUACUGUGAAGAAGAUAGAAUCGUUCGGUUCUCCCAAAGGGGUAGUGAGUAAAAGAAUUACCAUCACCGACUGCGGGCAGAUUUAAAGGACGACCGCUCUCCCGUCGCGAACCUUCUCUGUAAAAACCGUUCAAUCGAAGCUUAGCUGUUAUAGGCGGUAAUGGUGAUUAUGUUCAGCUUUUUUUUAAAAAAAAUGGACAUUUCAGAUGUAUAAAUGUAAAAUUGCAGCUUAUAGCUGUUGUCAUUUUUUUAACGUGUUAUAAUCGACCCCGCACGGCGUGUUAGAAAUAAAGCUUUCUUAAGCACUGGUCUGUU